AUGCGACGACGACCACGAAAGAAUCCACAUCCGAGAAGAGCGGUGAACGCGAGGACGGCUUUGAAGGGACGUGGGAAAGAAGAACCUUUGGUGUUUGUGUGUUCGAGGAUUCCUGAUGAGGAUGACGAUCUCGAGGCGAAUCAUCAUCAGAUACAAAAAGAAGAAGAAGAAGAAGAGGGAGAAGACGAGGACGUAAAGCAAUUAUGGAGGAUUAUGUGCGUGCCGUGCGACGAUGUCGUGGAGCAAAAGCAGACGCGGAAAGACGAUAAAGGAGUGAAGAGAAAGAGAGGGCACGAGUGUGAAGUUUGCGAGAAGAGUUUUAGCACAGCUGGUAAUUUGAAAAUCCACAUGCGUAUUCACACGAACGAGAAACCGUAUGAAUGUGAUGUGUGCGAUAAAGCUUUUCGUCAUUCUAGUAAUUUGAAAGUCCACAUGCGUAUUCACACGAACGAGAAACCGUACGAAUGCCACGUGUGCGAUAAAGCUUUUCGUCAACUUGGCACUUUGCAAAAACACAUGCGUACUCAACAUUAG